AUAAUAUGUGAUCUAUAUAGACAUGUGGAAGAAUUGCAACCAUCCAAAUUAACUAUAUCAAACACACAUAUCUCAUCUCAUUUAUAAACAUUUCUUCAAUAAUAAUUAAGCAAAAAAAAAAUCAUGGGAGUAAGUGAGGAGGAGAUUGAGAAAUAUAGGAACUACUAUAAUGGGAAAAGAGAGAAAGAAAUAAGUGAAGUGAAUCCAAAACCCAACAAUGGAUUGGCUUCUAAGCUCAUUGAUUGGUUUGAAAAGCUUGUUGUGAAGCUUAUGUACUAUAACAACUCUUCUUCUUCUUCUUCAGCUCUUCAUUUUCUCUCAGGCAAUUUCACCCCGAAUCGCCAUGAAACACCUCCAACUAAGGAUCUCCAUGUGCUUGGUUACCUUCCUGAAUGUUUAAAUGGAGAAUUUGUUAAAGUGGGACCUAAUCCCAAGUUUAAUCCAGUUUCUGGAUAUCAUUGGUUUGAUGGAGAUGGUAUGGUUCAUGGCGUGAGAAUUAAAGAUGGAAAAGCAACGUACGUUUCUCGUUUUGUAAAAACUUCGCGUCUUAAACAAGAAGAAUAUUUUGGAGGUGCUAAAAUUUUGAAGUUUGGAGAUCUUAAGGGGAUAUUUGGACUACUCAUGCUCAGCCUUUAUAUGCUUAGACAAAAAUUCAAAGUAUUAGACCUUUCAUAUGGAUUUGGAACAGCUAAUACAGCUCUUGUAUAUCACCAUGGAAAACUUCUAGCACUUCAUGAGGGAGACAAACCUUAUGUACUUAAAGUGUUGGAAGAUGGAGAUUUACAAACACUAGGCAUGCUUGACUAUGACAAGAGAUUGACACAUCCAUUCACUGCUCAUCCAAAAAUUGAUCCAUGUACCGGUGAGAUGUUUACGUUUGGUUACUCGCAAACUCCGCCUUAUAUUACUUAUCGAGUUAUUUCGAAGGAAGGUUUCAUGCACGAUCCAGUACCGAUUACUAUACCAAACCCUAUCAUGAUCCAUGACUUUGCCAUUACUGAAAACUAUGCUAUUUUCAUGGAUCUUCCUCUCAUUUUUAGUCCGAAGGACAUGGUUACAAAAAACAAGCUUAUAAUCUCAUUUGACACUACCAAAAAAGCGCGAUUUGGUGUGCUUCCACGGUAUGCAAAGGACGAGCUUCUAAUCAAAUGGUUUGAGCUUCCGAAUUGCAACAUUUUCCACAAUGCUAAUGCGUGGGAGGAGGAAGACGAAGUUGUUCUAAUCACUUCCCGAAUUGAGAAUCUCGAUUUGGACAUGCUCAAUGGAACUAUAAACAAAAAGCCUUAUAGCAUCCCAAAUGAAUUGUAUGAGAUGAGAUUUAACAUGGAAACUGGUCUAGCAUCACAAAGAAAACUCUCAGCACCAGCUGUAGAUUUUCCUAGGGUGAACGAAAGCUACACCGGCAGGAAGCAACGUUAUGUGUAUGGAACUAGACUAGACAGUCAUCCUAGAGUAACAGGCAUAGUCAAAUUCGAUCUAGAGGCCGAACCAGAUAACAGUAAAACAAGCCUUGAAGUUGGUGGAAAUGUUCAAGGCCUAUACGACAUGGGACCUAAUCGGUUUGGUUCCGAGGCAGUAUUUGUUCCUAAGGUGAAUGGAGUUUCAUCACAAGAGGAAGAUGAUGGUUACCUGAUAUUCUUUGUACACGAUGAAAACUCCGGAAAAUCAACAGUUCAUGUAAUUGAUGCAAAAACAAUGUCAGAUGAUCCAGUGGCUGUUGUUGAAUUACCUAGUAGAGUUCCAUAUGGAUUCCAUGCCUUGUUUGUCACUGAGGAACAGCUUCAAGAACAAGCAAAGCUCUGAACUUUAAAUCUGGGUUUUCACUUGCUAUGUAAAAAUCAUGAAUGGUUUGACUUUGUGUGAAUAAGUAAAAAAGCUCUGAACUUUAAAUCUUGUUUCACUUGCUCCCAUGUUUUUGGACUAAAUAAUUUAAUUAAUAAUGAAUGAUUGACUUUGUUUAAA